AUGCCCAGAAAGCCCAUCGACAUCACUGCUCAUCGCCAGGCCAUCACCUGGUGGGUCAACCAGGAAAAAUGGACAAUGAACCGUGUCAUCGAAACGCUUGCCAGCGAGCAUGGCAUCUCGCUGUCCGAAAACACUCUCAAACGCAACAUGAAUGCUUGGGGUUUAUCAAUUCGUCCGCGCAUCAAAGUGACUCCAGAAAUGAGACAACGCAUAUACGAUCUUUAUUAUCAAGAGCGCUAUUACACCGACCAACAGAUGGCUAAGAUCCUCAGACGAGAUGGCUUCGUCAUUUCCUUUCGUAAGUUGGCAAAACUGCGAAAAGAGAUGGGAUUAUCCAAGAGAAAGGAUACUAUCAUACCUGUAAACCCUGUCGUCCCGGGUGAAGUGACGCAAAUAGAAGACGACAGUGCUUCAUCCGACGACGACGAUGAGGAUGAAGACGAUGAAGAUGCUCAACAAGACGAAAACGACAUGGAAGCUGAUGCAAUCAUGGCUUUGGAAAAUGCCACAAGACCUCAACAACCUACUCGACGUCCACCACAGGCUGCCGUCCAAAUCAGAGAACCCGCCUGGAGGAAGAAGCGACCAAGCAAUGCUGCUCAACCAGUCCACCAGGCCCCUAGGAUCCCCACAACCUUUUCGGACAGCAGGCAUUCUCCAGUUUUACCAUCACGACCUGUUGUCCGUUCUCCCACACCUCCCAUGAUUAUGGACGAUACGACUGUACCUACCGAUGCAGAUAUCUACUCUCAGCCACCGGCAAACGGUCAAGGUCUUGCAAGACGAGUUACGACGCUCGUUACACGCAUCGAAGCUGUCGAGGCUGAAAAUACUAGCCUAAAACAGCAGGCUGACCAGCAACGGAGUGAAGCUCAAGAUCUGCGACAAUUGGUACAGCAACAGAGAAACGAGAUGGACAUGAUGAGAGCUUCGCUGAACGAGCUCAUCGCCAGGUUCAAUGCUGCUCACUACGCAAUCUGA